AUGGACUAUGGAAAAGUUCUCAAGAAAGAGGAUAUUGCUUAUCAUUCAGAUAGUACCGAUUGCUGGGUCAUAAUCAACGGAAAAGUGUGGGACGUAUCAAAUUAUCUUUACAGUCACCCUGGGGGAGCAGAUGUCAUAUUCUGUCAUGCCGGAAAAGACGCGUCCUUUACGUAUAAUCAAGUGCACGACGCCAAACUCCUUGAACGAACCCUGCCAGCAACAUGUUUCAAAGGCACGGUCAUCGAAGGAGUAAUACCUCCAACACCCCAGGAUGUCAAAAAUGAGUCUAUGAACGACAAUUUGACAGCCGAGAAGUCAUUACCCCCACUCUCCAGUAUCCUGAGCACACACGAUCUUGAAGAAAUUGCCAGACAACACCUCUCGGAAAAAGCAUGGGCUUACUAUUCUUCGGCGGCUACAGAUUUAGUCUCAGAGCGAGCAAAUCAGUCAUUAUGGGGUAGGAUCUGGUUCCGUCCACGAAUCCUGAGAAAUGUGAGAAAUGUAGUCACAGAGCGACAAAUUCAAGGAGUCAGGACGUCUGUGCCGUUUUAUGUAGCUCCAGCUGCGAUGGCACGGCUGGCCCAUGACGAUGGAGAACUGGCCAUCUCAAAAGCGUGUGCAGAUAAUGGAGUUGUGCAGUGUAUCUGUAUCAAUGCAUCAUACCAACUAGAAGACAUUGUCAACACAGCACCGCCUGGAACUCCGUUCUUUUUCCAAUUGUACGUCAACAAAAGCCGCACAGCAACCGAGGCUCUGCUCAAAAGAGUCUGGGAUGCAGGGAUACGUGUCUUAUUCUUGACUGUAGAUGCACCUGUCCCGGGAAAAAGAGAAGCAGAUGAGAAGGUCAAGACUAGUGCGAUGAUCAAGACACCUAUGACUGGGACGCAGAGUGCUAAUGAUAAUCGUGGAAGCGGAUUGACUAGGAUAAUGGGUACGUAUAUCGAUGAUCAACUGGACUGGAAUGACCUGCAAUGGUUGAGAAAGAUUUGGAAAGGGCAGGUAAUCUUGAAGGGUGUUCAAUCUGUGGAAGAUGCGAUAAUGGCUGUAAAAGCUGGUGUUGACGGUAUCACCUUGAGCAACCAUGGUGGAAGAAACCUCGACACCUCCCCUCCAGGCCUCAUGGUCCUUCUCGAGCUUAGAAAGUUCCACCCUCAAGUGUUUGACAGAAUUCAAGUUCACCUCGAUGGAGGCAUACGAAGAGGAACAGACAUUCUCAAAGCACUAUGCCUUGGUGCCACCAGUGUCUCCCUAGGGCGUCCAUUCCUUUACUCUGUUCUAUAUGGAGAACAAGGGGUUCACCAUCUCAUUCAAAUCCUUAAGGAAGAGCUGGAAACGGCAAUGAGACUCGUCGGAAUCACGGAUUUGUCUCAAGUCAGUUCGAAAUUUGUGAAUACGAAAGAUCUAGACAAUCUCGUUGUGGAUUCAAUCGUUGAAGGAGAUGAAUCUGUGCUUAAAUCCAAAAUUUAG